CGUCCUGCUCUGCGGCGCAGGGGUAAGAUGGCUGCUGAGAAGCAGGUCCCUGGCGGCGGCGGCGGCGGCGGCAGCAGCGGCGGUAGCGGCGGUGGGCGCGGUGCCGGAGGAGAGGAAAAUAAAGAAAACGAACGCCCCUCAGCUGGCUCGAAGGCAAACAAAGAAUUUGGGGAUAGCCUGAGUUUGGAGAUUCUUCAGAUUAUUAAGGAAUCCCAGCAGCAGCAUGGUUUACGGCAUGGAGAUUUUCAGAGGUACAGGGGCUACUGUUCUCGUAGACAAAGACGUCUCCGAAAAACACUCAACUUCAAGAUGGGGAACAGACACAAAUUCACAGGAAAAAAAGUGACUGAAGAUCUUCUGACUGAUAAUAGAUAUUUGCUUCUGGUUCUGAUGGAUGCCGAAAGAGCCUGGAGCUAUGCCAUGCAGCUCAAACAGGAAGCCAACACCGAACCCCGAAAACGGUUUCACUUGUUAUCUCGCCUACGCAAAGCCGUGAAGCACGCAGAAGAACUGGAACGCUUGUGUGAGAGCAAUCGCGUGGACGCCAAGACCAAGUUAGAGGCUCAGGCUUACACGGCUUACCUCUCAGGAAUGCUGCGUUUUGAACAUCAGGAGUGGAAAGCUGCCAUUGAGGCUUUUAACAAAUGCAAAACUAUCUACGAGAAGCUAGCCAGUGCUUUCACAGAGGAGCAGGCUAUAUUGUAUAACCAACGUGUGGAAGAGAUCUCACCCAACAUCCGCUACUGUGCAUAUAAUAUUGGGGACCAGUCAGCUAUCAAUGAACUUAUGCAGAUGAGACUGAGGUCUGGGGGCACUGAAGGUCUCCUUGCUGAGAAAUUGGAGGCGUUGAUCACUCAGACUCGAGCCAAACAGGCAGCUACCAUGAGUGAAGUGGAAUGGAGAGGGAGAACAGUUCCAGUGAAGAUCGACAAAGUGAGGAUCUUUUUACUGGGAUUGGCUGAUAAUGAAGCAGCCAUUGCCCAGGCUGAAAGCGAAGAAACCAAGGAGCGUCUGUUUGAGUCCAUGCUCAGCGAGUGUCGGGACGCCAUCCAGGCUGUUCGGGAAGACCUCAAGCCAGACCAGAAACAGAGAGAUUACACCCUUGAAGGGGAGUCAGGAAAGGUGUCUAAUCUUCAAUACCUGCACAGCUAUCUGACUUACAUCAAGCUGUCGACAGCGAUCAAGCGCAAUGAGAACAUGGCCAAAGGUCUGCAGAAAGCCCUGCUGCAGCAGCAGCCAGAAGAUGACAGCAAGCGCUCCCCCCGGCCCCAGGACCUGAUCCGGCUCUAUGACAUCAUUCUACAGAAUUUGGUGGAAUUGCUCCAGCUUCCUGGCUUAGAGGAGGACAAAGCCUUCCAGAAGGAGAUAGGCCUCAAGACGCUGGUGUACAAGGCUUACAGGUGUUUUUUCAUUGCUCAGUCCUACGUGUUGGUGAAGAAGUGGAGUGAAGCCCUUAUCCUAUAUGAUAGAGUCCUGAAAUAUGCAAAUGAAGUAAAUUCCGAUGCUGGAGCCUUCAAGAACAGCCUAAAGGACCUGCCUGACGUGCAAGAGCUCAUCACUCAAGUGCGGUCAGAGAAGUGCUCCCUGCAGGCCGCUGCCAUUCUCGAUGCCAAUGACUCCCAUCAAACAGAGACUUCCUCCCAAGUCAAGGACAAUAAGCCUCUGGUUGAACGGUUUGAGACAUUCUGCCUGGACCCUUCCCUCGUCACCAAACAAGCCAACCUUGUGCACUUCCCACCAGGCUUCCAGCCCAUCCCUUGCAAGCCUCUGUUCUUUGACCUGGCCCUCAACCACGUGGCUUUCCCACCCCUUGAGGACAAGUUAGAGCAGAAGACCAAGAGUGGCCUCACUGGAUACAUCAAGGGCAUCUUUGGAUUCAGGAGCUAACCAGGCCCUUCCUCGGGGGCAGGGGGAGAUCCAGCUCUUAAUCUGUAUUUUGAGAAAAUCCCAGCAAGUUCCAUGACAUUAAAUCCAGGUCUGCAGUGGUCCAGGGUGGGAGUUUAACAUCUUCAGCCCUGCGUUCCUAUGUCUCGCGUGUGUGUGUGCGCGCUUACAUUCUUAACCGGUGUAUUAGGAGGGCACCCUGUCGUCUUCUGGUAGGUGUGUUCAGGGUCGUUCUGUCUCCUGCACCUCCUGUGAGAGGGGCCGCUGUGAGCCAUGACUGAUUCCCGUCGGUUAGUAAUGCAUUCAGGAGUCCACACCAGGCAUGGAUGGGGCCUCGCAACGUUGUGUCAAGUUUCCUCAGUACCAUGGAUUUGAAGGGAACUCAUCUUUGCUGUGAGCAUCCAGAAUCCCUUGAACAGUUUGUCUAUGACUGAAACAUUGGCAACGUCACCCCCAGAAUUACAGUCAGCCUGGAUUCCCCUUCACCUCCAAGCAAAUGCUAAGAAGUUUCAGAACAAGCAGAGAGCUCUAUUUUUAGAAGAAAUAUGUUACGCUCAGAAAUGAUGAAACCAAAUCUUAUAUUAAAGGCAAAGAUGGUGGA